CAAAAUGUGUUGGACAAUCACUCUACAACAUUUAGAAUAAUAGUGCUUAAGUUUAACUUAACUUCCCCUAUUACAAAAUAUCAUCAACAAAAUAUUACACAACAUUUCCCAUUCAAGAUCUUAAUGGUUGUGAUUUUGUUAAUUUUAGAUCCGUUGACUUUUUGACUUGUAAUGAAAGCAAUGUUAGUGAAUUGGAAAGAAAGACUCCUCUUUUGUUUUGUAUAGCCAAACACAGCACAAAGGCAGUCCGCUCCGCUCUCCCUCCGCGAACGAAACCCAUUAUAAUAACCCGACUUCUAAGCUGACCGGUCCGAAGGCCAUGGCGCCACCGGCAACAAUUCGGUGGUUCGCUCUCCUAUUAGCUCUCAUGCUGUCUCUUCUCAUAUCUCCGUCAACGGCCAUCUACUGCGACGAAGAUGAUUGCUACGAUCUCUUGGGGGUUACACAAAGUGCAAAUUCUUCGGAAAUCAAGAAAGCUUACUAUAAGCUCUCAUUGAAACAUCACCCGGACAAAAAUCCUGAUCCGGAAUCGAAAAAGCUUUUUGUCAAAAUUGCUACUGCGUAUGAGAUUUUGAAGGAUGAGGCCACGAGGGAGCAGUACGAUUAUGCAAUCGCACAUCCGGAGGAGGUGUUCUACAACACUGCUCGUUACUAUCGUGCGUACUAUGGUUACAAGACAGAUCCACGUGCUGUCCUUAUUGGCCUUCUUCUGGUUCUUUCAGGAUUUCAAUACCUUAAUCAGUGGACAAGGUAUAAUCAGGCUAUAGACAUGGUCAAGAAGACACCUGCGUACAAAAAUAGACUGAAGGCUUUGGAGCUUGAGCGCAAUGGAGGAGCUAUAAAUAAGAAGAAGAGUAGCAAGCAAAUGGACAAGAAAACAGAGGAAGAUCUAAGCAAAGAACUUGACCUACAGAUAACGGGUGCCGGGAAACCUUCUCUCUGGGAACUUCUCUGUGUUCGCUUUCUACUUCUACCUUACACUGUUUCCAAACUUUUACUUUGGUGUGGUCACUGGUUCUGGAGAUACAAGGUAAAGAAAUCUCCAUAUACUUGGGAUGACGCCUCUUACCUUACACAGAGAGCCCUUAGGGUGCGUCUUGAUUCAUGGGUAAAUAUGGACGACGUGACAAAGGAAGAUCUUCUUCAGAGGCGUUUAUGGGAACAAUCCAAUUUAGAUGCCUACUUUGCAGAGAUGCGGAAAGAGUCCAAGCGCAGAAGAUAACAAAUUUGUUUUGCCUUGCAAAGUUUUUUUUUGAAAAAAAAAUUAAAAUUGUUGAUCUAAAUUAAUACAAAUACAUGAGAAGAAGAGAAGUAAUAACCCGUUCAUACCUCUUUGGUGUGGGCUUAUGCCAUGAAGAAUGGGAAAUUUUGUUGCCUAAUGAAGUUUUAUGAAAUUUUGCUAAA